AGGUUAAAAGCCCAGCACUUUUACAUAGUGGAGACCAAGGCUCAAGGAGACAAAACGGACCAGCCCUAAGUCUCACAGCUGGUCACUGUUGGAGCUGACACUUGCAUCCAGGGUGUCUGACCCAGGACCCCUUGUUUCCUCUGCAACUCCCUACCCACACUGAGAAGAAAAAAAAAUAGACCUAAAUGAAGAGAAACACCAACAAAGAAGGAGAGAGGCCUGCAGAGUCACGUGGGGGCAGAGACCAAUUGGGCCUCCGGUGCCCCCCCGCCCAGGGCGGGGAGGAGGAGGACGGACGGACAGGGCCAGCCUACUGUCCGCCUGCCGCCCGCCGUGGCGUGAAGGAGUUCCUGUGUGCCCACCGUCACCGCUGCCCCACCUGGGCUGCCGGAGUCUUCCCUUGGACCCCUGGUGCCCGCUGUCCACCCUCAUCCGGCCUGAGAGUUCGCCUUCCGCUCCGCGGACGCCGCGGGCAUGGACUAUUCGUACGACGAGGACCUGGAUGAGCUGUGCCCCGUGUGUGGGGACAAGGUGUCCGGCUACCACUACGGGCUGCUCACAUGCGAGAGCUGCAAGGGCUUCUUCAAGCGCACGGUGCAGAACAACAAGCACUACACGUGCACCGAGAGCCAGAGCUGCAAGAUCGACAAGACGCAGCGCAAGCGCUGUCCCUUCUGCCGCUUCCAGAAGUGCCUGACGGUGGGGAUGCGCCUGGAAGCUGUGCGUGCUGACCGCAUGCGGGGUGGCCGGAACAAGUUUGGGCCCAUGUACAAACGGGACCGAGCCCUGAAGCAGCAGAAGAAGGCACAGAUUCGAGCCAAUGGCUUCAAGCUGGAGACAGGCCCUCCAAUGGGGGUGCCCCCCCCACCCCCUCCCCCACCGGACUACAUGCUGCCCCCUGGCCUGCAUGCACCUGAGCCCAAGGGCCUGGCCUCUGGUCCACCUGCUGGGCCACUGGGCGACUUUGGGGCCCCAGCACUGCCCAUGGCCGUGCCCAGUGCCCACGGGCCACUGGCUGGCUACCUCUAUCCCACCUUCCCUGGCCGUGCUAUCAAGUCUGAGUACCCAGAACCCUAUGCCAGUCCCCCACAGCCUGGGCCACCCUACGGCUACCCAGAGCCCUUCUCCGGAGGGCCUGGUGUGCCUGAGCUCAUCCUGCAGCUGCUACAGCUGGAGCCGGACGAGGACCAGGUCCGGGCACGCAUUGUGGGCUGCCUGCAGGAGCCGGCCAAGGGCCGCCCUGACCAGCCUGCGGCCUUCAGCCUCCUAUGCAGGAUGGCUGACCAGACCUUCAUCUCCAUCGUGGACUGGGCACGCAGGUGCAUGGUCUUCAAGGAGCUGGAGGUGGCCGACCAGAUGACCCUGCUACAGAACUGCUGGAGCGAGCUGCUGGUAUUCGACCACAUCUACCGCCAGAUCCAACACGGCAAGGAGGGCAGCAUCCUGCUGGUCACCGGGCAGGAGGUGGAGCUGACCGCGGUGGCCGCCCAGGCGGGCUCCCUGCUGCACAGCCUGGUGCUGCGGGCGCAGGAGCUGGUGCUGCAGUUACACGCGCUGCAGCUGGACCGCCAGGAGUUCGUCUGCCUCAAAUUCCUCAUCCUCUUCAGCCUCGAUGUGAAGUUCCUGAACAACCACAGCCUGGUGAAGGAUGCUCAGGAGAAGGCCAAUGCCGCCUUGCUCGAUUACACCCUGUGCCACUACCCGCACUGCGGGGACAAGUUCCAGCAGCUGCUGCUGUGCCUGGUGGAGGUGCGGGCACUGAGCAUGCAGGCCAAGGAAUACCUGUACCACAAACACCUGGGCAAUGAGAUGCCCCGCAACAACCUGCUCAUCGAGAUGCUGCAAGCCAAGCAGACUUGAGCCUGGGCUGGGUGGGGCUGGGCCCGGGGCCGGGGUGGGGGUC